AUUCAACUGCGCAUGCGUGAAAAUAAACAGGAAAAAAAAUAAACACCCAAAAGAAAGCACCUUAUUUGUCAAUAUUUAAUGUUUAUCAUAUUUAUGAUUUAUCAAUGCUGUUCCAUUAUAAUGACUAAUCAUAACAUGCAGUCAAGUAAAGGUUAUUGUCAAAUUGACCAAGUAUUGUAGAAAGUUUAUUACAAGUGAUUUUAUUGUUAUGAACUAUAAAUAUGAAAAAUAGAAUACACUGUUGUAUUGUUUAUUAUGUAUUUAUUCAACUAAUUGCAGUAGGUUUUGCAAGCAAGAGUGAUUUUAAAUGUUCAAAAAACUUCGCAAGUUAUAGGUGCAGAUUAAAUACAAGGACACCUUAUAGAUUCGUAGCAAACAAUAAUGAGACUGAAAUCAAAUUUAAGGGUUGUACAGCCAAAAAAAUUUGGUUUAUGAUUCGCCAUGGAGCACGCUUACCAGAACCAAAUAUACUUUCUGAAACAAAAAAUCUUCAGCUACUGCGUGAUCAAAUAUUGACUAAGUGCAAUCUUUCUAAAUGUAACUUAUCAACAGUACAAAUUAAUAGACUAAAAAAUUGGAAAACACAAUUUACGGAAGCAAGUCAACCAAGAAUGUUGGUUAAAGAAGGAGAACAGGAAUUGUUUGGUCUCGGACAAAGAUAUCAGUCAAGAUUUCCAAAUCUUAUGCCGAAAAAAUUCACCAAUCAGACAAUCAAGUUAAAAUUCACUAACAAGCAGAGAACAGCUGAAAGUGCUCGAUAUUUUACUAUUGGUUUAUCUGGUAAUAAUAGUUUUCAAAAAGUUUGGCUACCAAAACCAGUAUCAAAAGAUGCAGUUUUACAAUUUUCUAGUACUUGCGAUAGUUGGCUAGAUUGGGUAAAUAACAACCGAACGGCUUCUGAGCAAUAUGAAAUGUUUGAAAGUAGCACUGUGGUUCGAAAAAUGCUUGAUGAUCUUUCAGCUCGAUUGGGAGUUAAAGUAACAUUAGAAACCGCUCGGCUCAUUUAUGACGUGUGUUCAUAUGAAACAGCCUGGAAUAAAACCAAGUCCGCAUGGUGCUUGUUAAAAUCAUCUGACUAUAAAAUAUUUGAGUUUAUAAAAGAUUUGAAGACAUACUGGACUGAUGGUUAUGGAUAUCCGUUAAAUUACGAACAAGCUUGUCCUGUUCUUGUGGAUAUGUUUACAUUUUUUACCGAUGAGCGACAAGAAUAUAAAAUAUCAGCAUAUUUUUCACACACUUCAAAUAUACUAAAAACAUUUGCACUCUUAAAUAUUAUAAAAGAUGAGUUUCCGCUACGUUAUGACACAUUUGAAAAAUCAAGAAAUCGAAAUUGGCGAACAAGUUUAAUUAAUACUUUUGCAACCAAUUUUGCGUUUAUACUUUACGAUUGUGAUACUGGUCCUGGAAUUAUCGUGCAACAUCAAGAACGAAUUCUCAAUCUUCCAGGCUGUCCAAAGAAUACUCCUUGUCCACUUGAUACGAUGAAAAAUAACUACCCUCUUGUACCUGAAAAUUGUAAUUUCCAAAAAAUGUGUGCACUCGCAAACCCAUCUCAUGAGUAAAUUUCUUUGUUUUUUUUUUUAGUUUUAUAAAAGUUAAUCAUAUAAAAUAAUUAUAAUAUUUUGAUAAUAUAUUUUUUUUUCUAUAAAUGAAUUUUGCAAUUUGUGAAAUAAUAUCACUAUCAUUGUUAUAAAUGUGAACAAUCUAGAUGAUUUAAGCCAGGAGUAAUAUCAACUUUCAUAUUUUGUUUAAUAAUAAUAUUUAUUACCAUUGUUAUAAGAUAUUAUAAAAUUAUGUGAUAAAUUACAACAAAAUAGAUAUAUAGUUUUUUUUUUUUUUUUGUCAAUAUUCAUAAACCUGUCAAUGAUCAUCAGAAAAUGUACAAAUAAAUUCUAUUUUUUUAUAUCUCUUGAUUCUAAUGGUUUUGUUUUUUGGUUCACCAUUUAAUACACAAAGCACGAGAAGUGAAAAGAGGUAUAGAAAUUAAUAACACAUUAUAUUUAUUUUUUUAGUUAGUUCAGACUUUAUUUUUUUUAUUGGCAACGUAGUGUAUAAUUCCACUUUUCCAGGACCUUCUUUGGCUAACUGAAUUUUAGUUGUGACUCGUGAGUCAGCUCAUCACUCAAUCAGUCAGCGAAUAGCUGAGUUUAGUAAUAUAAUGAGAAAAUAAUCUGUAUUUGAGACAGUAGAAAUUAGCAAGUACAUACAUGGAAUCACUUCUUUGAGCAAUUUGAAUUGAAACUAUUACUUAUGGAUAUAAAUAAGGAACAGAUUAUUAUCAAAAUUUUGUUUCGUAAGGAAAAUCUUGAGAAGAUAUUUUAAUUAGUAUCCAAGUCGCAAACAUUUGUAGUUUUUAUACUCCAAAAAAAAAAAAAAUGUAGGUAA